GAAUACCCGUUAAUGUGGCUUGCCGAUAAUAGCACACAUCAGCCACGGCGCUGCAAAUGAGAGCACAGGCAGAGAGCAGGGGACUGAGUGCAGAAUGAUACCAUAGAGCACAGAGAGAGAGAAGGAGUGGGAGAGAGUGUAUUGUUAGCACGUUGGAGAGCGCAAAGCACAGAGGACGGAGAGAGUGCAGGAAAAGAGGAGGAGAAGCGGAGAGAGGGGAAAAAGAUAGAGGAUUGUGUUUUUGUAGGGGGGUAAAAGUUCCCACCGCUCCAGGCAGAAAGCAGUCCUGAGGUCAGCAGCAGGGAGAAGUGAACCAGGUGGAAGAAGUGGAGCAGCUGACAGCAGGAGAGAAAGAGUCACAGGGGGUCUGCUCUCACGGCAAACAUCACAGCAGUGUGGAGAGCACAGGAGAUCCAGGGGACACUAUUGAAACUUACCGACUCAAGGACGUAGUCUGCUGUCACUUGUCAGGGUAAUAAUGGUUCUCACUGGACUAGGGCUUCUCUGCAUGGCUAACUCAAGAGCAUGAGAGCAGACACUGGGCAUUGGGCAGAAGACACAUAGAGCUGGGAAUAACACCUGUGUCGUUCCUUCCUCUCACUUACCUGUGUUGGGGAGAUAGAACGAUUCUGAUAAAGAAACAUUACGAUUUUCUGGCCUUGAAGAGAAUCAGUACAGAGCAGAGAGGGAGAGAGGAGCCUGUUAGAGGGGGAGAGUUCUGUCCUCUCAUCUCUGAGACAUGGUAGAGUGUGUAACAGUAGCGAGCCCCUCAGCAGCAGCAGCGUCAGCCCCAGAGCAUGGAGAAGUCCAGCAGUGAGGAGUCAGCCAUUCACCGCAGCCCGUCCGUGGAUAGCCGCGACUCCGACUUUGCCCGCGCCUCUACAUCUGGCCGCCCGUUCGGUGGCCGCGGCUUCACCGCCGGCGCGUUCUACGGCUCCACGGGGCCACGUGGCGCCUCCGCCGCACAGGGGCAGGCUGGGACAGCGGCCGAUGCCAGCGUCAACGUCGGAGGAGACAAGAGCAGCAAUAACAAGUACACGGCGCCCAAAGGCAGCAAAUACGUGGUCUUUUACCUGGAUCUAUCCUUUGUGUUCCUUUUAGAAUUCAAGAAGUGCAACAUGGCACGGGGCUGUCUCUGCUGUUUGAAGUACACGAUGUUCCUCUUCAACCUUAUCUUCUGGUUGUGUGGCUGUGGGCUGCUCGGUGUGGGCAUCUGGCUGUCUGUGUCCCAGGGCAGCUUUGCCACCUUCUCGCCCUCCUUCCCGUCGCUCUCCGCUGCCAACUUGGUCAUUGCCAUCGGCGCCAUCGUCAUGGUGACCGGCUUCCUGGGCUGCCUGGGUGCCAUCAAGGAGAACAAGUGCCUGCUUCUGACCUUCUUCAUUGUCUUGCUGAUAAUCCUGCUGGCAGAGCUGAUACUACUCAUCCUGUUCUUUGUGUAUUCAGAUAAGGUCAGCGAGAAUGCCAAGCAGGACCUGAAGGAUGGCUUGUCUCUGUACAACACAGACAACAAUGUAGGCCUCAGGAACGCAUGGAACAUCAUCCAAGCAGAGUGGAAGUGCUGUGGGGUGGUAGGGUACACAGAUUGGCACGAGGCCCUCAAGGAGAAGGUGGUGCCCGACCGCUGCUGCCAGGAGCACUACCAGGAGUGCGGACGCAACUCCACCAACAUGUUCUGGACACGGGGCUGCUAUGAGAAGGUGGAGGAGUGGCUCGAUGACAAUAAGCAUCUCAUGGGAACCAUUGGCAUGUGCAUCUUGGUAGUGCAGCUCCUGGGAAUGGCGUUCUCCAUGACACUGUUCCACCAAAUCCACAGAACAGGGAAGAAGUAUGACGCUUAGCGUGGGACAGACAGCACACAGGGAAAGGAGCCCCAUGUACUGCCUGAUGGGAUAGACUCUGGAUGACCCCCCCCCCCAUACCUCCUGUAUCACAAAGCCUCCCACUCCCCACUCUUCCCAGAAACCCUGUACAGACUGCAGCUGUGUCACCCUUGUCCUCUUCUCUGUCCACUCCACCAUUCAUUUGCCAAAGAUAAAUGGGACUGGAAGAUGUCUUAUGUCGUCUCUCUCCUGUUCAGAAGUAAAUAUAAAUGUUUUGGGCGCUUGGAUUAAUAGUUUUGCGGGAAGCUUUACUAAUGCUCACAUCCCCCCUGCAAGGCGAAGAAAGCGGUGAAAAGAAAAAUGAGAUUGUAGUCUCCAGGUUUUCAUGGAUUUUGUCGUGUUGAUGGUUCAUGUUAACUUCCUCUUUCCCUUGUAAAUGAUGAAAGGCUCCGACAUGGUAUGCUAGUUUUCUACUCCCCGGAACCCUUUUUUCAUUGAAAAUGUCUUCUUUUUUUUUGUCAUUGAAAAUGUCAUUUUUAUUCCCAAUACAGUAUGAUUUUUUUCUUCUAAA